AUGGCCUCUGUCGCGCGUCUCUCCUCCUCGGCUCUGAGGACCUCCCUCAGGGCCUCCCCCUUCAAUGCCAGACUGACGGCUUUCAACGCCGCCCGCUGCUACUCCUCCAAGAACCAGACCCUCAAGGAGCGCUUCGCUGAGCUCCUCCCGGAGAAGAUCGAGGAGGUCAAGGCCCUGAGAAAAGAGCAUGGCUCCAAGGUCAUUGACAAGGUCACUCUCGACCAGGUCUACGGUGGUGCCCGUGGCAUCAAGUGCCUCGUCUGGGAGGGUUCCGUCCUCGACUCUGAGGAGGGUAUCCGUUUCCGCGGCAAGACCAUCCCCGAGUGCCAGGAGCUUCUCCCCAAGGCCCCCGGCGGCAAGGAGCCCCUUCCUGAGGGUCUCUUCUGGCUUCUCCUGACCGGUGAGGUUCCCACCGAGCAGCAGGUCCGCGACCUGUCCGCCGAGUGGGCUGCCCGCUCCGACAUCCCCAAGUUCGUCGAGGAGCUCAUCGACCACUGCCCUACCGACCUCCACCCCAUGGCUCAGUUCUCCCUUGCCGUCACCGCUCUCGAGCACACCUCUUCCUUCGCCAAGGCCUACGCCAAGGGUGUUAACAAGAAGGAGUACUGGGGAUACACCUUCGAGGACUCCAUGGACCUGAUUGCCAAGCUGCCCACCAUUGCCGCUCGCAUCUACCAGAACGUCUUCAAGGGCGGAAAGGUUGCUCCCGUCCAGAAGGACAAGGACUACUCCUUCAACUUCGCCAACCAGCUCGGCUUCGGCAACAACGCCGACUUCAUUGAGCUGAUGCGUCUGUACCUGACCAUCCACACUGACCACGAGGGUGGCAACGUCUCUGCCCACACCACUCACCUGGUCGGCUCUGCCCUGUCCUCCCCCUUCCUGUCCGUCUCUGCUGGUCUCAACGGUCUGGCCGGUCCUCUCCACGGCCUGGCUAACCAGGAGGUCCUGAACUGGCUCACCGAGAUGAAGAAGUCCGUCGGCGACGAUCUCUCUGACAAGGCCAUCACCGACUACCUCUGGUCCACCCUGAACGCCGGCCGUGUCGUCCCCGGUUACGGCCACGCCGUCCUCCGCAAGACUGACCCCCGUUACAUGGCUCAGCGCAAGUUCGCCCAGGAGAAGAUGCCCAACGACCCCAUGUUCAACCUCGUCUCCCAGGUCUACAAGAUCGCCCCCAAGGUUCUCACCGAGCACGGCAAGACCAAGAACCCCUUCCCCAACGUCGAUGCCCACUCCGGUGUCCUCCUCCAGUACUACGGUCUCACCGAGGCCAACUACUACACCGUCCUCUUCGGUGUUUCCCGCGCCAUCGGUGUCCUUCCCCAGCUCAUCAUCGACCGCGCUCUCGGCGCCCCCAUCGAGCGCCCCAAGUCCUUCUCUACCGAGAAGUGGGCCGAGCUCGCCAAGAAGCUCUAA